AUGGCGGCCGUAUACGACGAAGUGGAGAUUGAAGAUAUGGAGUUUGAUAAGGAAGAACAGGUUUUUUACUAUCCUUGUCCGUGCGGUGACCGUUUCAGUAUCGACCUAGACGAACUUUAUAGUGGCGAGGACAUUGCUAUGUGCCCAAGCUGUUCGCUCACGAUUCGUGUGGUUUUUAACGAAGAAAACCUGCCAGAACUUAAUCAAGACAAGAAAGACACAGCGUGA